CACACAGCACUAGACUGACGGAUGCGUUGGAUAGAAAUAAGGGGUAUGGAACAUAGUCGUUCAGAUGAAAACAGAUGAGGAAGCAGCUUUGAAGUUAGUUCUAAAGGCGAAUCGUUCGCGUUAGGCAAUAGGUAGAUAGCAAAGUGCAGGAAACAAGACGAACCUCCUGCUUUAGAUUUUAUUGCCAGAAGUUUACGGGACACGGAAAGAUAAUGCUGCCGUGGAAGAAGAAUAAAUUCGAACUGAUAGAAGGAGAUAAGCAGUCGAAACAGAAGGGUUAUGCCGUGAGUUUGAACUACUCCGCGCUGACUUCCUUUGCCAAGUCGUGCCCGGAGAGCGCCCUGAACCGUGUGGGCAGCAUGUUUAAAUCCAAGAGGAAAAAAGUGAAGAUCACCAACGAGGACCCCACAUACACAGUCCUGUACCUGGGGAACGCCACCACAAUCCAGUCGAAAGGAGAAGGUUGCACCGACGUCGCUGUGAGCAAGAUCUGGAACAAGAGCGAGAUGGGCAAGAAUGGCACGAAGAUGAAACUCACCAUAAGCUCGCAGGGCAUCCGGAUGGUGCAUGUGGACGACAAGGCGAGGAGACCUGGUCACCUGUACUUACUGCACCGGAUAACCUACUGCGUCGCAGACCCGAGGUUGCCCAAGAUUUUCGCUUGGAUUUACAGGCACGAGAUGAAGCACAAGGCGGUGAUGCUCCGGUGCCAUGCAGUGCUCGUGUCCAAGCCGGAGAAGGCUAAAGCCAUGGCGCUGCUCUUGUAUCAGACGUCGGCGACUGCCUUGGCUGAGUUCAAAAGGCUAAAGCGAAGGGACGAUGCCAGGCACCAACAGCAACAGAUAAUAGGGGAUCAAACAAUCCCUUUGGUGCCAAUCAGAAAGCUCCUUAACGGACAGUGCUAUUACAAGCCUCCAGUGGAGCGCAGCCGGAGCGCUCCGAAACUCGGCUCUAUCACCGAGGACUUGCUCGGGGAAGAAGAGGAGGAAAAAGCAAUGCACUUUGAGUGCGAGGAUAUUCUUGAUUCUGAUAGCGAUUGCUUGGGCAAAGGAAAACGGGAACUUUCUCAGAUUAUAAAUGACCUUGGGGAAAUGUGCAUUGGAAACGACCUGCAGACACUGAAAUCAGACUUGCGGGUUACCAGGUUGCUGUCAGGCGAGAGCACGGGCAGCGACUCUUCUAUAGAGGCAAAUCAGGAAAUCAAUUCUAUUUCCAGCGGCUUCGUGGAAAGCAAAAUACAGGCCACUAGCUAAUCAUCCAUAGCCUACUUCACCCUUUAAAUAAACCCAAACUGCCUCUUGAACAAACCUUUACCUUUUUAUAACAGUCAGCAUUUCUGUUGUCCAUCAAAAAGAGCAUGCAUGCCAGGAGUGUUCUGUCUCCUCAUCCAGUCAACUUGAAAGAAAACUUUUAAGACAAGAAGUUAUGUUACAACUAUUUGGGGAGAAAACAGUAAUGACACGAAAACACCUUCAAACAUCGGCAGCUCUCGUGCUUGCAAAGACUACGCAUUUGUUUCCUUGACUUGAAAGGUAGAGUUAUCAAGUAUCUCUCGAGUAUCAAGAUAUUUUUGCUCUUAAGAGAGAUUGUAUCGGACCAAAUCUGUUUACCCUGACCUGUUUCGCUUGAAGAAAUGCCAAAUUUUCGACGAACAGAACAUUUUUUAAAAAUUCAGUUUCCAAGACCGUCAUCAGUGGGAAAUCGAUGUUUCCAUAGGCUACCUUCAUUGUGGCGCGUGUUUAUUUUCUCUCUGAGCCUUUGUGGAAUUGUCUUUCCCAUGUUAUGUUGUUGAUUGUACAUGGUAUUGUUUACCCCAUGUGUUCAUAAUGUUCACCAAAUGUUCUCAUAAACAUAAAUGUUAUAUCUUUGCUGUGCAAAAGAAAAAUAUAUCCCAAGGUUUUAAGAUGUAUAUAAUAAAUGAGAAUCUAUAAGUGUG